GAGCCACAACAGUGGCGUCAGUGCAAGUGAUAGGGCAAGAUGGAUCUGACAUCAGGCGGUGGCUGUUUGAGUAGUGCCUGCGAAUUAGACUUUCUACCGGGGAAUUGUGACGUAUGUAAGCAGAAGAACGUCCGAGUCACCCCCUUUCAUUGCAAGUCGCACCUCUACUGCAGGAGCUGUUUAGAGUUCGCACCGAAAUUCCGUCGACGCAGAGAUUUUUCCUGCCCCACGUGCAGUGAUCACAACAAUCAGCGGACGUCAGAGAAUCACCAGGAAGUGGAUCAGUUCAUGCGCACUCAAACUUCCAGUCAGACAAAUGAAGACUUUGAGGAGGUAGUGUUCAAUGUUGGAGGAUCGAAUAUCGUGUCCUGGGAACGUGACCCCGAGUGUUCUGACGAGGAGUCCGACCUCACGGGGAACAAUGACGAAUGGGAAAAUCUGCUCAGGACAGUGUCACGUGACACAAAGCAGCAGCCGACAUCCGGUGUCGAGCAGCCAAUAGAGAGGCAGACGUCAUAUGUGAAUCACAAAAUACAGCAGUCUUUUGAAGAAAAUGGCCCGAUGACGAGGUUUAUUACCAAGCCAGGAAUUAUGGGAAUGGCUCCUGCUACGUCCUAUCUACAGUUAAAGCUCCCAACAGCAGAGCCUUCUGAGUCCAGUAAAUCGUCCUCCAUCAGCUCCGGGAGCUCUUCACCAGCUACAGCCUCAAACAAAAGCCAGACGUCUUCAAUGGAAAUCAAGAUUAGCCAAACCAACUCCAGACUCCUAGGUCAAAAGAAGCCUAUUUCUGGGUCCAACUGUUCCUUCUGCAGCAGCAACGCCUCCAAGUCUAGCGACAACGACGACGGGUAUCGUCUGGAGGUGAAAGGAUCGCCCAUGGUAGGAACUCGUCACUCCAGGCAGGCGCAGUGGCUCUUCAAUGCAAGCCCCGAGGAUUACACCGAUGACGCCAGGAAGAGGCGCCCCAACACUCCGGUGAGUUCUCGCACAAGCAGCAGCCCCGAGGGGCACGGCAGGGGCGGCUCCGUGACGUCGUUCGAGCGCUGGAUGGAGGAACUGGGCGCGGUCGAGGGGCCAUUAUUCAAGGAUAGUGACGCCCCAUUCUCAUCGGAGGAGAAACUACCGGAAGUCGAGAAAGAUGACUUCUGGGAUAUGUGAUAUAUUUCUCUUUGGCUUGAAUGUCUUGGUCUAUAUGAUAACAAUGUUUCAUAAUUGGAUGUUUGGUAUGAUACAUUGUUUUAUAACAGUUUAUUUUGAAUGAUAUCUUGUAUGGUUGAUAUUUCUGAUGCUACUUGUCACGAUUGCAUUCAGUGACCGACAAGUAUAUGAUAAUAUGUAACCUCAAAUUUCUCCACAACUAAGGGAGCGUCUUAAACAUGGCACAUCUCUUUAGUAAAUACUGCAUCAGAAUAACCUAUGAAGUGCUACUUUAUAUACGUAUAUAUAUACGUAUAAAGUCAAACUUGAUGAAUAUAUAUCAUGUCAAAUGAAUGUGGUAGAUACAAGGAUAUGUUUUCCCCCUGUUUCGUAACGCAUAUGGAUGGUAAUAAACUAUAUUUGUGUAUGUUGA